CAAGUGAUUAGUACACACACAAAUAAACAAUAUUGGUAUUUUUUACCGGCUAUAUUAUCGCGCUGAUUUAAAAAAUAUGUUUUUGCUUCGAUUGAGGUUUUUGGUAAUAAUUAGUUUUUUGGUUUUUGUGUCAUCGCAUGAAUUGGAAUUUAGAUAUCAUUCCAACGAAGAAUUGGCAAGUGUUUUGAAAAAUUUUUCGCUAGCUGGGGAUCCUAAGCUAAGGAAAAAUUUGUACGAUAUUGGAUAUUCUUCUGGAAGACCAAAAAGCAGGAUUAAACCAUCUCCACUUUGGGUUUUGGAGCUCACAGCUGCUCCCGAAGGAAAAAUUGGAAUACCUAAUGUCAAAUUAGUUGGAAAUAUCCAUGGGAGUGAAUCCGGAGGACGAGAAAUUCUUUUACAUUUUAUACAGUAUUUAAUAGAUGAAUACGGAAAAAAUGACAAUAUCACCUGGCUUUUGGACAACACUCGAAUUCACAUAUUACCCAGUCUUAAUCCAGACGGAUUUGCUGUCGCCAAAGAAAAUAUUUGCCACGGUUGUGCUUUAUGUUUAGGUCUUGGUGUUACGGAUGAAGAUAUUGCAAUGACUGGUAAUUUUCCAGAUUUUUUCCACCCUAAUGAAGUUUUGAAGCACGCUAAAGAGACGUUGGCUGUCAUGAAGUGGAUGGAAGAUGUCAAAUUUAUACUGUCUGGGAGCUUUUUUGGAAGUUUUAUAGUCGCAAUUUAUCCAUAUUGCAAUAAGAAUGAAACUUUUAUUGAAAAUCCAACACCUGAUGACGAUGUAUUUCAAUAUUUGGCCCUAACUUAUUCUAAUAAUCAUGCAAAUAUGCAUAAAGGAUUAAGUUGCCCUGGCUCGCAAAUGCAAUUUGAUAAUGGUGUUAUUAACGGAGCAUCCUGGCAUAAUCACGAUGCUGAUAUGACUGAUUACAACUACAUAUUUCGCGGUUGCAUGGAAGUGCGUUUUGAGAUAUCCUGUUGCAAGUACCCUGAAAGCGGAGAACUUGAAAACUUGUGGAACGAUAACAGAAACGCUUUAAUUCAGUAUUGUAUGCAAGCAAAUCGAGGGGUAACCGGUCAAAUUUUGGACGUUUCAACGAACACUCCUGUCGAAGCUUCUAUGAGAAUCGUCGGCAGAGAUAUGCCGUUUAGAAAUUUUCCAAAAACAGGGGAAUUUUGGAGAAUUUUACUGCCUGGAAAAUACGUUCUGGAGGUUGAAGCUGAUGGUUACUAUACACAAAAACAUAAUUUUACUGUUGAAGAUUAUGGAGAAAAAUUUCCCAAAUUAACAAAUCUCACUAUCUUUCUGCUAAAUGCGACGGUUUCCACAACGACGACAACUGAAAGAACAAAAUCAACGCCAAUAUCAUCAACAAUAUCAAAAAUAACAACGAAACUAAAUACACAGAAUAGAACAAUUCAGGAGAAACCAACAAGAAAAAUAACUAUGGCGACACAGGAAAAUACAAUGAUUAGUGAACAAAUUAGGCCGGUUAGACAGAAUAAUAAUAAUGAUGCCUGUUAUCACAGACAAACUAAUUUUUUGUUUCUUGUUUUAAUAUUAAUUUUAAAGUGUUUGUGGUAAUAAAAAAAAAAAAAAGUAUACGAGACAAUUACACAGGGUGUUCGUAUUUUUGGCCAGCAAAGCUUUGUCAGAGAUGGGUUUCUAGUAAUCCUAAUCUUUUUGUGAAGUAUUGGUUCCUAUAGAAUACUCGUACUAUUUAAUUGAGUCCACCAAAUAAAAAAACAUAGUACCUAUCUAAGAAAUAAAAAAAAUGCAAGUAGAAAUAAUACACAAAUAAAAAAUCGGUUAAAAAAUAAUUUCAUCAAAAGAAAAUCACUGUUAGAAUAGAAACUAAAUAAAUUUACAAAAUGGUCAGAAAUAUUGUGGUACCUACAGGAAGAUUAGGAAAGACAAUUUAUAAAAGUAAUUUUAAAAAACCGACCACAAAAUCGUGUAAAUGCCAUUACAAAUUGAGUUUUCUGAUUUUAUCAUAGAUGCUCACUAGAUUUUGACUAAAUUUAUAUGGGACCACUCCACUCCUGAGUUAUCCCCUUUCUAAGAAAUCGUACAAAGUGGUAAAUAAUUAUCGCUAUACAAAUAUUCCGACGAAUUGAGAACAUCCUCCUUUUUUUGAAGUUGGUUAAAAAUAAGUAAAUGGAAGAGAUCUAACAUUACAACAUUAAUGGAAAAGUUGGGUACAAUACGAAGCGAAAAUAAUCCACAUUUUAUGGAUAUAAAGAAAAGCCAAGAAAAUAAAUAAAUAUCCUGAUGGCGAUAUGUUAUCUUUUCUGAUUUUGAUUGGAAAAUCUAUUAUUACAUGACACACCUUUUUCACUUAACUUUAAAAUGUAUUAUUUUUGUAGUUAGGUACUCGAAAAUCACGAUUCAUUUUUUAACAUAGGUACUUAAUCUUAUAUUCUAACAUCC